AUGUCUGGCGUCCUUGUCCAAGGUCCCGAUGCCUCAAGGUCAUUCACCUUUGCAGAGAUCGGUUCCAGACGCGCUGACCUCUGCACCCACUCGACCGACUUCAGCUCGGACACGACUGCCACCCCAUCGCCGCAGCCGCGUAUGCGGCACCUGAACACACCACCACCGCCUGCUCACAAUGCAAUAGAAGCCUUUAGGCACACCGCCCAUUGGCUAAUGCAGCACAAAAUUGGACAGCAUUUUAACUAUAUGCUUACAAAAGCGGCUGCCACCACCUGCCUCAUUUUCUCUCAGGCACGAUCUAACGCCCUCCUGGCCUCGCCAGCCAUUACUGCCGCCUGA